GAGAGAGAGAGAGGUGUGUGGAGAUGCAGUGAGCUUUACUCCUGCAACUCCUGAAUCCCACACGCUGACGCUGAUGUGAGAAAUGGGCUGCCGGUAUGACACCUGGUUUUAAUGUGCACCGGUAACGUGCGGACAGACUGGUUCUGAUAUGAGCUCGGACUGCGAAAGUUACUACAGCAAAGAAAACGUGUUCGUGGAGCGCUUCACGUGUCCGAAAGCGGACAGUGAGACCACGGCACUUUUCUGCUGCGGGUUCAGUGACUUGAAGUACUGUUGUGAUGACCCCAACAGCUUCUUCCCUCACGAAUAUGGAUACAUGUGGUGGCUAAGUCUCGGAGCUCUUGUUGGACUCUCUGUAGCAGCUGUGGUUCUUCUUGCAUUCAUUAUCACUCUCUGCGUCCUCUGCUACCUGUUCAUUACUACUAAACCCAAAGGUCUGGACAACGGGCUGCCUCUGCGAGCACCAGGCUCUGCAUCGAGUCCACAAGCACCAGGGCCAAGCCAUACUGGGGGCCUUGCUGGUCCUCAAGGCUUCAGGAAGCACUUCCUGAGGGGCAAGCUGGACUGUGACAACCAGCCCCCGGACCCUGACCGCCUUUUCCAGCGCUGUUUCAUGGCUACUGUGACAUCUAUCAAUGUUGAGGGUCCUGCCUAGAAUGGUAGACUAUUUGCCUUUUUGACCAGCUACUUUUAUCUUGAUUCAGAGUUUGUUGUGUGUUGUGUUGGGAUAAAAAUAGAUUUGCACUAAAUGAAGCAGUUACCUUUGCUUGACUAAACAAAAUACUUACAAGUUUUCUGAAAUCUUCAGAGAAGUACUCAGUGUGUAUAAAUUGUAAUAUAUUUAUUUAGAGAAAAAAAAUGUAGCAGAAGAACAAGAGUGAUGCAAAUGUGAUUUCAGAUGCUUCAUAUUUUGCCUUUAUUAACUUUAGUCUGGGCUGUCAGACAAAUUAUCUGUUGUCAUUUGUGUUUGUGUAAUGUGAUGUGUGUAUUGAUAAUUGCUACUGAUAAUCAACAUGCAGAACAAAGCUCUUAUUGCUGAUUCAAAUUAUUGUUGUGUGUGAUCUUGGUGCAACAAAACCACCAAACCAAGAGCUUUAAGGAAAGUCGACAAAACAAAACAUCAUAAUUAUGGGUUGUGAUUGUGUAGAUCAUCAAGUAUUUUUAUGGUGGUAAAUCAUCGGAACAGAGAGUAUUUGGUAAAUGAUAUUUGGUGACUUCAAAAUCAAGAGAAUUGAACAUAGAUCAUGACAAAAAACAUGGUUUUAAUUGGCUUCAGACAGAUGAGACAAGCUAAGUUAUAAUAAAUGUAUUAGAAAUUAUUCCCUAAAUUCAGUAGGUUAUUAAUACCUGUUGGUCUUGCAUUUUAUGUUUCUUUAAAAGCGACAAAAAAAUAUUCAAAAUGUUCUCUUCAAAAUGAGAUGGACUGAGAAAUAACCUCAGCAUGUUCUCUGAAUGAUGAUUAACCAGUAAGCGAGAAAUGUUUUUGCCAAACCUUAGAGACAGGGUAAUUUUACCAGUGGACAAGCAUGUAGCUGCUGUGAGGGCGCUGAGUUUACUCACAUGCUCUGUGCCACUCGUGAGUUGAAUAAUAAAUGUUUUGUGAUUAAAGCAGUUUUAGGUGUUGAAUAAAGGGGGGAAAGGCUUAUUAGUAUGUUAAUGCAGUCAAGAAAACAAGAAAAAUACCAAACUUCACAGUCCGAUCAUCAUUCAACUCUUAUAUAACCCCAAAGACAUCGUCAGAUGUGUAACAUAAGGCUUCACAUCUUUGCAAACUGGUGGCAUGGAAUUUGAAAUUUGUGGUUGUUUACCACAGCAAGAGUCCAACAAAAUUUGUUGUAGGGAAUUGUUGGCUCCAUUGUUUUGGGGGCUUAGAGCCCCAUAUUCAAAGUCAGGGUAUCUGUCUGUCAUUCUAACACUUAAUGUAACGUAAUGUAAUGUAUGAGCUGCUGCAAUAAAAAUAGAAGUGUUAAGAUGACA